CCUACAGCCCUCUAAGGAAAAGUACAGGCAGAAAAGCUGCUUCAAAGGGCGACUUCUGCCUGUAUCCUUCCACCAGCUUCCUUUCGGAUUUCAGCUUGACUGUGUUUGUUGCUUUGCGAUUGGCUGUUGUAAGAGGAGGAGGGAUCUGCUGGGAUCUACCCGGCCUAAGAAGCCAGUGGCAAGAAGCUUUCCUGGAGUAGGGAAACGUCUUUAAGGAGGACCCCGUGCAGAUGCCUUCAGCUGCAGGAGAACAGGAGUGGGACUCCGCCGCUAUGGGCGAGUACACCAUCCGCAGCUAUGAGGACGGAGACUACGAAGCUGUGCGAUCCAUAUUCUCUGAGGGCAUCACUGAACAUGCUCCAGCUGGCUUCUGGCACGUUCUGCGCAGCCCCCAGACGCAUGCACUCCUCCUGGGCUUAUUCCUGGCAUCUUAUGGGAUCUCCAGCUCCUUCCUCUUCUCCUUUGCAGUUGUGUCUGCCCUCUUGGCUGUUGGCUGGAACCGCAUGAAGGCCCUAUGGAGGGACUACGUUGCAGAGGCCUUGGAGAGUGACAUGGUGGACAUCCGGAGGAACUACCUGGACACCACAGACUGCCACUUCUGGGUAUUGGUGCACGGCAGCGAAGUGGUGGGGACAGUGGCAGUUGUGCAACCGGAUGAACACGCAUUGCGAGGCCGGGCGCUGGAGCUGAAGCGCAUGUCGGUGAAAAAGGGGCACCGGGGCCGGGGGCUCUCCAAGACCCUCACAAAGGCCGUCCUGCGCUUUGCCCAGGAGCGCGGCUACAAGGAGGUGGUGCUGACCACCUCCAUGGUGCAGUACGCAGCACAAAGGCUGUAUGAGAGCAUGGGCUUCCAAAGAGUCAAGGAGUUCUCCCCCUUCCUCUCGGCGAAGCUGCUGCAGUUCUACGUCUACACCUAUCGAUAUGAGAUUCCCAGCACCUCGCUGAACGGCGGUCACUCCGACCAAAAAGCAGGAAGAGGGCCCAGGGAGAAGGAAGUGGUCAGUCUUUGAGGAGGAGCCUCAAGGGCCACUGUGGACAACCUAAAGCAGUGAUGGGCAACCUUUUGAGCUUGGUGUGUCAAAAUUUGCCAAAAACCUGAGCAUAACUUGGGUGGGGUGUCAACUUCAAGGAAAAAAAACCACAUAAUUUUACAAUAUUUAUAGUUUAAAUUAGAAAAAUGUAUAUUCCAUGCUGAGUUAUGGAGUGAACAAUGCUCAAACGUGCAGAUGUUAAAUUUGUACAGCCUUUUACAAAUUUAAGGAUGGAAUUAGAUUGGCUCUUAUAAGGUGUAUUUCUCUGUAUGCAGCUGCAUGUGGCCGCAUGUCAUCAAAAA